AUGCCUGAGGAACAACAACCCACUAACGUUAAUGGUCAAGCUGCUCCAGCUACGGCUGAGGGUGAGCCACCAAAGACCGCAAAACAAUUGGAAAAAGAAGCUAAGAAGGCUGAAAAAUUAGCUAAACUCCAGGCUAAGCUGGAAAAGAAGGCAGCCGCUGCUCCUGCCACAGCUGAGAAAAAGGAAAAACCUGAGAAAAAGACCAAGGAAACUAAGGAGGCUGCCGUUUACAAUGCCAACACCGCCCCUGGAGAAAUGAAAGAUAUCAGUGGACCACUGCCAGAUGCCUACAGUCCCGGCUAUGUAGAGGCCCAAUGGUAUAGUUGGUGGGAGAAAGAAGGUUUCUUCAAGCCUGAAUAUGGUCGUUCCAACAUUUUGGAAGAAAAUCCCAAAGGUAAAUUUGUCAUGGUUAUUCCUCCACCAAAUGUUACCGGCUCUCUGCAUUUGGGUCAUGCCCUUACCAAUGCCAUUGAAGACGCCAUCACCCGCUACAAUCGUAUGAAGGGUAAAACCACCUUAUGGGUACCCGGUUGUGAUCAUGCCGGUAUCGCCACACAAGUCGUAGUGGAAAAACUCUUAUGGCGUGAACAAAAGCUAACACGUCACGAUUUGGGUCGUGAAAAAUUCAUUGAAAAAAUUUGGGAUUGGAGACGUGAAAAAGGUGGUCGCAUUUAUGAUCAAUUGAAAUGUUUGGGUUCUUCAUAUGAUUGGUCUCGUGUUGCCUUCACCAUGGAUCCUAAGUUGUGCAAAGCUGUAACAGAAGCUUUUGUUCGUUUACACGAGGAUGGUAGCAUUUAUCGUAGCUCACGUUUGGUUAAUUGGUCGUGCACCCUGCGUUCGGCCAUUUCCGAUAUUGAAGUCGAUAAAAUUGAUAUUCCUGGCCGUACAUUCUUUGCCAUUCCCGGUUAUGAUGAGAAAGUGGAGUUUGGUGUUUUAGUUAAAUUCGCCUACAAGGUUGAAGAUUCCGAUGAGGAGAUCAUUGUGGCCACCACACGUAUUGAAACAAUGUUGGGUGAUACUGCUGUUGCCGUGCAUCCCAAUGAUGAACGUUACAAGCACUUGCAUGGUAAAUUUGUCAAACAUCCAUUCUGUUCGCGACGUCUACCCAUUGUUUGUGAUGAAUUUGUCGAUAUGAACUUUGGUACUGGUGCUGUGAAAAUCACCCCAGCGCAUGAUCCCAACGAUUAUGAAGUUGGCAAACGUUGCAAUUUGCCAUUCAUUACCAUCUUCAAUGAUGAUGGUUACAUUAUUGGUGAUUAUGGUGAAUUUACGGGUAUGAAACGUUUUAUCUGCCGUAAGAAGAUUUUGGAAAAACUCAAGGAAUUGGGUCUGUAUCGUGAAACUGUUAACAAUCCUAUGGUGGUGCCAUUCUGCAGUCGUUCCAAGGAUGUUGUCGAGCCAAUGAUCAAACCUCAGUGGUAUGUUAAAUGUUCGGAAAUGGCUGCCAAGGCAACGGAUGCUGUACGCAAUGGUGAACUUAAGAUUAUUCCUGAGCAUCACACCAAGAUUUGGUAUCACUGGAUGGAUGGUAUUCGUGAUUGGUGUGUGUCCCGUCAAUUGUGGUGGGGUCAUCGUAUUCCAGCAUAUUUUGUUACCUUUAAUGAUCCAUCAAUUGCAGCUGGUUCGUCCGAUGAUGAAGCCUACUGGGUUGUGGCCCGCACCCAAGAAGAAGCUUUGGCCAAGGCCGCCGAACGUUUCAAGGUAGAUGCCAGCAAAAUUGUCCUCAAACAAGACGAAGAUGUUUUGGAUACAUGGUUCAGCUCCGGCCUCUUCCCCUUCUCGGUGUUUGGCUGGCCCGAUAACACCGCCGAUUUGGAAGCCUUCUAUCCUACAUCAUUGUUGGAAACCGGUCAUGACAUUCUCUUCUUCUGGGUAGCUCGUAUGGUCUUCUUUGGCCAGAAAUUGUUGGGAAAACUUCCCUUCAAGGAGGUCUAUUUGCAUCCCAUGGUACGCGACGCCCAUGGCCGCAAAAUGUCUAAAUCACUGGGUAAUGUAAUUGAUCCCAUGGAUGUCAUCAAGGGUAUCAGCCUAGAGGGAUUACAUGCCCAAUUGGUUAACUCAAAUUUGGAUCCACGUGAAAUUGAAAAAGCCAAGGCUGGCCAGAAACAAGAUUUCCCCAAUGGCAUUCCCGAAUGUGGUUCGGAUGCUCUGCGUUUCGCCUUGUGUGCCUAUAUUACACAGGCACGUGAUAUUAAUUUGGAUAUUAACCGUGUGCAAGGUUAUCGUUUCUUCUGCAACAAGCUGUGGAAUGCCACUAAAUUUGCUCUGAUGUACUUUACCGGAGAUGAGAAAUUCAACUCGAACUUCCAAUUGGAUGGCAGUGAAAAUAACAUGGAUGUUUGGAUUUUAUCACGGCUUUCAGCUGCCGUUGAGGCUUGCAACAAUGGUUUUGAGCAAUAUGAUUUUGCUGCUGCCACCACAGCUUGCUACAGCUUUUGGUUAUACGAUUUGUGUGAUGUUUAUUUGGAAUGUUUGAAACCCAUAUUCCAAAGUGGUACCGAUGAUCAAAAGGUGGCCGCACGUAAGACAUUGUUUGCCUGUUUGGAUUUGGGUCUUAAGUUGCUGUCACCAUUUAUGCCUUUCAUUACCGAGGAAUUGUAUCAACGUUUGCCACGUGCUGACAACACACCUAGUAUAUGUGUGACAUCAUAUCCUGACAACACUUAUUGGCGCAAUGAACAAGUCGAAAAGGAUGUUGAAUUUAUGCAAAAGGCCGCCCGCAUCAUACGUUCCGCCCGUUCUGACUACAAUUUGCCCAACAAAACAAAGACCGAGGCCUAUAUUGUCUGCACGGACUCGCAACCCAAUGAAAUACUCAAGAAAUAUGCCAGUGAUUUGGCCACUGUUUCGUAUUGUUCCAAGAUUGAAUUCGAUCAAACUCCACCCGCCGGUUGCGCAAUUCUUACUGUUACCGGUCAAUGUGAGGUGCAUCUAUUGUUGAAGGGUCUCAUUGAGGCUGACAAAGAAAUUGCCAAGCUGCAAAAGAAACAAGCCCAAUUGGAACAGGCUGUUGCCAAACUAAAACAAGCCAUGGCUGCCAGUGAUUAUACCACAAAGGUACCUGCCGAAGUUCAGACUGCCAACACUGAGAAAUUGGCACAAUCUGAAAGUGAAAUUCAACGCAUUACCCAGGCCAUGGAGACUUUGAAAUUAAUGUAAGGUGC